AUGACGGAUCUAUUGUCAGGCCCUCUCGACCGGCUUCCCAGACCUGGUAAAUAACUAGAAGAAAAUAGUAUCACCUUGUCCUCUUUAGGGCAUAUGAACUGUAGAUGUUGUAUUGAAAUGGAACCCUUUCCCUGUAGACGUCCUCAGCAAUCCUUGCCCUUGUCACAUGACUAAAUUAUUGUCAUUUAUUCAUCUUCUUUUUGAAACUUUUCGAAGUUUUUUCAUAAAUGAGAGGAUUAAUAUGGAAGCCGGCAUUUACAUUUUGAAUAUACCGUUCCUUACUAGAAGAAUGAAGGUGUAAGUUGCGUUCGUUCAUGAUCUUCUGCUUUCAUGAGUCUAGAAGUGGUUAACUGUGAGAUAUGUUUUCAGGUCUUGAUGGAUCCUCUUACUGCGAUGAAAAGAACAGAAAGUCUGAUUCUCAGAACAGUGAGGACGAAAGAAAGACCAGGAUUGGAUCUCUGAAGAAAAAAGCCGCCAAUGCCUCCACAAAAUUCAGGCACUCGUUGACAAAAAGGAGGAGGCACUGUAGUGUUCUUUCUGUCUCCAUUGAAGAUGUACGCGAUGCUGAAGAAUUACAAGUCGUCGAUGCAUUUCGUCAAGCGCUAAUCUUGGAAGAGCUACUGCCUACAAAACAUGAUGAUUAUCACACGAUGCUGAGGUCAACAUUUUUCUUUCUCCAUACCAAAAGCAGACGUUGAAUAAUGGAUAUAACGCCGAGGAAACAUAGGAAAUAUAAAAAUAUACUUCCCCAGCCCCUGCUUUCUUUCCUGUGGUAAUCACCAUCCACAUUUUUUCUUAUUGUUUCACCAGAUUUCUGAAAGCCAGGAGAUUUGAUAUUGAGAAAGCAAAGCAAAUGUGGGCUGAUAUGCUCCAGUGGAGGAAGGACUUCGGUGUCGACACUAUUCUGGAGGUAGAACCCAGUAAUUUGAUCGUCCCUUUUGUCAUAGUGAAAUUCAUACGAGUUUGCUAACGUGUUCAUAAAAAAAUGUGGCAUUUGGGAUCGUGUCCUAGAAGAAGGACCCAGUAAAACAGAUUCCAGGAUUUUAACAGCGCCAAAAUGUUGGCGAUGUAGUGUUCACAUUUUUCCGAUUUCCAUGUAACCAGAGAUUUACUUUUUUCAUGUUUUAGUUAUUUUUUAGUUUCAACUCUUCAUAUAUUUUUUCUCUCUUUCUUCAUCGACGUAAGAUCCUUCUCGUAAAGUAGACCGAAUUGCUCUCCGUAAUUCAUCGAUUAUCCAAUGCUUUUGUCGAAUUUCGCCCAGUAACAAAAACAUCAGUAUGGCCAAGCGACCGGCUUUCGCGUGAACUAGUUCGACGGCCGGAUUCGUGCUUAUUUGUUCCUACCAGUUGUGAACAACACCAAUCGCCUUUUUCUCCGCUGUUUGGCAGGAUUUCGGAUUCGAAGAACUAGAUGAAGUAUUGGAGUACUAUCCCCAAGGUCAUCACGGGGUAGAUAAGGAGGGGAGACCUGUUUAUAUCGAAAGGCUUGGGCAAGUUGAUCCCAGCAAGCUGAUGCAAGUGACUACAAUGGAUCGCUAUGUGAAUUACCACGUUAGGGAAUUUGAGAGGACCUUCGCGAUCAAGUUCCCAGCGUGCUCCAUUGCGGCGGGACGUCAAAUUGACCAAAGCACAACGAUCCUCGACGUGCAAGGGGUGGUAGGUGAUCAUCUCUUCCACGUCUGAAUGACUAAUAUUCGGAUUGCCGAAGUUCUCUAAAGCGGCAGAAGCCCGGUUCGGGGAGAUUUGGCCACGAUGAUGCUCGGCACUUGAGGCCUUCUUUUUAUUUUCUCGUCUUCCUUUUUCCUCUCUUCGGACGACGCUUACGAUUAAAAUGUGCACAAUAGGGACUAAAAAAUUUCAGCAAGUCUGCCAGAGAUCUGAUCUCACGCCUUCAGAAAAUUGACGGUGAUAAUUAUCCAGAGGUAUGUCACCCAACGAUUUUCUAAAUCAUAUGCCUUGUACGCAUUCUCCCAGCGAUCAUGAAACUUUUUUGUCCGCCGAUAGACGCUGCAUCGCAUGUUCAUAAUCAAUGCGGGCCCAGGAUUCAGAAUGUUGUGGAGCACUGUGAAAUCCUUCCUCGAUCCAAAAACCACGGCAAAGAUCCACGUAAGUCUACCCUCAUGUAUCUGUCAAGUAUCAUUUUUGACCUGAAGUCCGCUCACUCUAUCCCACUCGGUCCAUCAGGUUCUGGGGAAUAAGUUCCAAAGUAAACUGCUUGAGGUGAUUGACGCAAGGUGAGAUCUUACCCAGAAGGACUUAAUGUCCAAAUUAUAUGGGGAUAAGAAUAUGGGUCUCUUCUGAUUCCGGAUUUUUGGCUUAUAAGCUACUGCCUCUCCGAUUUUCUAAGCCCAAGACUGCGUCUUUGUUCCUCCCAGUGAGUUGCCAGACUUCCUUGGUGGCGCCUGUACGUGCUCCGAUGCAGGAGGGUGCCUUAAGUCUGACAAAGGCCCGUGGAGAGACCCAGAGAUCCUCAAGGUCAGUCCCAUCCUCGAGUGAAUUCGUUGACCAUCCAAUUCAUCUUUGUCCCAUAUUUCUCUCCCAACUAUGAAUUGAAAAUUGAAUGCACAGGUGGUUCAAAAUGGCGACAAGCAACGCCGGAGACAAGUCGUGACCUCCUCAUCCAGGGAUAAGAUGAUGCCCGAGGACGAGGUAAUUAGUGUACCCUUAUUUUCGCCGUUUUCUGUCAUUAUAAAGCCCCAGCUGGUAACAGCGGUUAGCAAGCUCGCCUCUUAAUAUCUUCCAGGCAAAGAGGUGCGGUUCGUUCCAUGGAGAAGCAGUUCUGGAUGGCGAUGAGAAAAGACCCGUCCCGGGGAAAGAUCCAUGGGAGUAUAUACAGCACCCACAUCUGUCUCCUGUCCACGAAGAGGUAGGCACCUGGCCACGUCUCUUCUGGAUGGCAUUUGAAUCAAUUUUAGCCGGAAAGUCUACUCUGUACGUGAAUUAAAGUCAACUUCUCCGGAGAACCUGCGGUCCAUUUUCGGUAACUAAACCAACGCGGAGUUCAACACGAUGGCAGAUGUCCUCUGGCGAUUCAAAUUUUCUUGGUUCUAUCAUCAGAUCCUUAGAUUCUGAGCUCGGUGAAAGCUAACGGGCCGCUCUGUCCCAUCUGGUACGUCUGUUCUUGUCAGCCACAGGCGCAGAGAGACCGAGCGAACUCCCUCACCUCUUGCCGUUACAAGGGCUACAACAUUCCUGUGUUUGACAAGGCCGUGGAUGCAUCCUGGAGGAAGGAACUAUUUGAUGAAAAGCUUUCUUUCACCAACGGUACGCUCUCUCUCUCUCUCUCUCUCUCUCUCCCCAUCUCUUCUUUAUAGUCUCCGGCAUAUUAACUCCUUUCUCAGAGAACAAAUAAAUAAAUAAAAUCUUCCGAAAGCAGCAUGAUUGAUUAUUCUUGAGAAAUUGUUUUCCGAGGCUGCAGGUGGAUUCUCCGUGGGAGAUUUAUCAAAGGCUACAGAGGGUCUCAGCGGGCUGAUCAUCUCCAGGGUCAUGGCCCUCGUGGUGGGCAUCCUCGCUGUGCUCCGAUUGACCGGCCCCGCGCCAGGAAAGAAAAUCGACCCGGCUCUUUGGUACGCGGGCGGCGCUGACAUUGCGCGCAGCCCGGUCAAAGGCCGAGUCAGCUGUCGUCAGGUUCCUCACGCAGCCGUCUCUCCCGUCGAGUACUCCGCCGUUCUGAAGCGACUCGGCGAUCUCGAAGAGAAGGUGAGUGUUCUGAGCAAGAAGCCCACGGAGAUUCCCCCGGAGAAAGAAGAACUUUUAAUGGCCGCCGUGAGCCGGGUCGAGGCCCUGGAAGCAGAGCUCGAGGCGACGAGGAAGGUAAAGAACUUCACUCCUCGAAAAACCCUACCAUUUAAUCGCUCCCCUUAUUUGCGAGUGUUCGUCCAUUCAGGCUCUGCAAGAUGCUCUUGGGAAGCAGGAGGAACUUCUCGCUAGCAUGGAUGAGAAGAAGAAGAAGAAGAAGAAGAGCAGACUGGUACGCUAG